AAAACCUGAAAUGCUUUAGUUAACAGGUCGCAAUAUUCUAACAAUUCAAAAUAAUUUGCUUAGGAAUUAUUUCAUUAAAUAUUGAAAUCUUCCCUAAGUAAAUAGUGUCAAUGUUUAUCAUUUUAGCUGUUCAGUUAUUGUUUCCGAAUGAUUAAUAUUUACAGAGAUGUAAACUCGGACACGUGUUAGAUUUGCAACGCGAGUUCAUUAAAAAUCCUUGCUUUGGAAGCGGUUAAUAAUUUUAAACCGCAGUGAUAACGAUAGAAAGAAAACCAAACAAGCAUUAGACAGCGGAGAUACGAGAAAAGUCAACAAUACCUUUCCCUUUUGUACAUUCGAUUUCUGAAUUCCACCCAAAGUACAAAUGAGGUUUUUACCACAAGGUCGCGAGGACAUCCAUUUAAAAGCCACAUUUCAAUUGUUUAUAUUCGUUUAAUACUUCAUAAAGCAAAGCACUUAGCUUCAAAAUGCCGACAUAUCUUUGAAGGUACCGACUUCACCGUAAGUUAAUUUAGAUUUGUCGUGGAUUAUUUGUCUUUUCGUCGCUUUUAAUGUCAAAUUUCCGAACCAAACUGCUUAAACAGUAUGUUCUUAUAUUCUAAAGCAGAAUUUGUACGAUUGUAAACCCUUUAACUACCUUAAAUGGGCGGAAUUCGGCGUGAAACAAGUGGCUAGUAAUAAGAACUAUCUUUUGCAAUAAUAACUCGAGACCAGAGAUAGAAAAUCAACCGUACUUUUCUUGGUUGCCGAAGGCUUUCACGGUGGGAGGUCUUCGACCUUGGCUCCCAAUUUCUUGGAAGUAAUUUUUUUUGUGUUGGUAUUCUUUGAGAAUGCCUCAGGGCUAUAAACUUAUAAUAUUAUCUUUAUCAAAGAUUAUUGUUGAAAGAAGUAGAUAAAUAAUUAUGAAAAAUGUUCUUAACUGGCUAUAAAGAAAUGUUGGAAAAAUAAGAUCCACCAAUUUUGACUUAAUUGCCAUAAAAUUAUUACACUUGAUUUUUGUACAUUCGUGUCCACUUAAAUAGUAUCAAAUCAGGAAUCAAAAAUUUGCAGUUAUGAAUAUGUUAAAACAUUCCCGCCCUCCAAGAACUGUUCCUUCGUCUUGCCCAGUAUAGACCACGUUUCUGUGAAAGGUUCUGUGAAAGGUUCAAAUAUGCUACACGGGUAUUGCACGUUCAUUUGACACUCCUUGAAAUUUCCGGACAUCCAGGGCUACCCGAAGUCUUCGCCUCUUGCUCUUCUAGCAGCAACAUGUAGUAAAAUCGGACAACCAAGUUCUGUUUUGGAUUUAGCAGACUAUCAUAACAAACUCUACAACUCAAUGUUACAAGAGCAAGUCAAUGUACAACAUGCCAUGAACAUCCAGAACCAGUUGGCCUCUUACCAAGAGAGAAAUCUACCUCUAACUCCUCCAGCAGAGCCUCAUUACCCAUCAUCUUUCCCAGAGUUUUGCUUCUCAGCAAUCCAGAAGCCACAUCUUCCAGGUUUACCAUUUCAUCACGGAGCUUCGCCUCACCCUCCCAGCUCCGUCUGUAUGACUGUUCACGGCCACGGAUGUCCUGCAACAGUAGCAAGACCAACCUACUCUCAGUGUACUGCAGCAUCUUGCAAGUCUGAGCGUGCUGAGGCACCACAACACUGGUGGAGUGUAGAACCUAGUAAAGUCCCGCGUUCUCCUAUCGCUACUGGUUUACCAGGAUCUCCUACGGGACACAACUUCUCAUUUCACGGCCUACAGAAUCCCUCUCCUACUGGGACGUAUCAUAGCGCGUUCACUUCAACUUUUGCCAGUUCACAAGCGGUUACUGCGACUCGAAGGUGUAGACGGUGUCGGUGCCCAAACUGCCAACUUGCAGCUACGACUGGAAACACGACCAAAAGAAAGCAACAUAUCUGCCAUAUACCUGGAUGUGGUAAAGUCUAUGGUAAAACAUCGCAUCUCAAGGCACAUCUGAGAUGGCAUACAGGGGAACGACCCUUUGUUUGCAACUGGCUUUUCUGUGGGAAAAGCUUCACCAGAUCAGAUGAACUUCAAAGACAUCUUCGUACUCAUACAGGAGAGAAACGGUUCCAAUGCGAAGAAUGUGGAAAGCGAUUCAUGAGAAGUGAUCACUUGAGAAAGCAUCAGAAGACGCAUCAAAAUAUUCCCAAAAAGGACAAGCCUGAAAACACCGAGGAAUAUAGUAAGGCACUAACUGUGGAUGUAGAUGAAUCAAACGUAAAUGAACUGAAUAGUGUUAUGGCUUUAACUCCCAAACAAGAAGAAAAUGACAAAAUGGAAGCUUCAGCGGAUUGCUUUAUCAACGUUGAACACUAGCCAUAGCGUGAUUUUAAAAAAGGAAAACGCUUAUAAAUUAAAUUUCAAGAAAUGAACUUACAAAACUCCAAAGAAAAUCAGUUUAUUUUAAGAGAUGAUAUGACAAACGCUAUUCUCUAACUUUCUAUAAAAUAUUAGAAUUAUGGAUCAUCUGUCCACCUUAAGUUAAGAAAAUGUAUGUAUAUAUGAUAUUAUUAUAUGCGCAAAUAUCAAAUGAAUUUGCUUUAGGUCGAUGUGCAGUGCAUGUCGACUAUUUGACAAUGUAUGAUGUGUAGUGAAUUGCACAGUGAAAUUGGGCCAGAUAACGAUUACAGAUGAUUUAUUUUAUAUUACAGCUCAAUUUGUGUAAGUUUUAGCUUAUCCAAAAGAGAAAUAAAAUCAUUUUCUAGCUAAAUUGAUCCAGCUUUUGAAUAUAUUAUUCUUGAAAUUGUUAACUUUAUUCGAUGUCGGCCCUUUUUCAUGUUCAAGGAUAAUUUUAAUUUGCAAGAUGCAUUAGAAUGAAAGGCUUAUACUUGAAAACACUGCCACGGAGCGUCAUUGUUCGUCGGUCUUUACGUUCAAAUCUCUACUCUUCGAAUGUAUUUUACUAUUGUGAUGAAGGGAUAGUCGAUUGUAAGUGAUUAAAAGCAGUUGAAAAUCCUUU